UUUCUUACAGGUGGUGCUUCAAGUUUUGUAAUAGAUGAAUACAGUUGAGUAGUAGAUGUGAACAAUAACUUGACGUGUCACUUUUUCAGCGAAGAUAGUUUCAGAAAUACAUAAUUUAAUUGUUUAAUGAAGGAAAUAUAUUAAUUUAAAGUGGUUAGAUUUACAAAAAAAUCGAAAAAACAAGUUCGACAGCUCAGCAAUUAACACAAGAAUAGUGAGUUGCAACCAUCUUAGUCGGGAAAAGUGCAGAACGACUGAAAAAUUCCAAAAUGUUGACCAACUUUGAAUCUAAGUCGGCACGUGUUAAAGGUUUAUCCUUUCAUCCAAAACGACCAUGGAUUCUUGCCAGUUUGCACACUGGUGUAAUCCAACUUUGGGAUUACCGCAUGCAUACACUGCUUGAGAAAUUCGACGAGCACGACGGACCAGUUCGAAGUGUUGCUUUCCAUCAACAGAUGCCACUUUUUGUGUCCGGUGGUGAUGAUUAUAAGAUCAAAGUGUGGAAUUACAAACAACGUCGCUGCAUUUUCACGCUCUUGGCUCAUUUGGACUAUGUUCGUACUGUGGCAUUCCAUCAUGAAUAUCCAUGGAUUUUAAGUUCCUCUGAUGAUCAAACAAUUCGAAUUUGGAACUGGCAAUCCAGAAAUUGCAUUUGUGUGCUUACUGGCCAUAAUCAUUAUGUUAUGAGUGCACAGUUCCACCCGACGGAAGAUCAAAUAGUCUCCGCAUCCUUGGAUCAAACUGUACGAGUAUGGGAUAUUUCCGGCCUACGUAAAAAAAAUGUUGCACCUGGACCAGGUGGACUGGACGAUCAUUUGAAGGGUCAUCCUGGUGCAACCGAUCUCUUCGGGCAAGCUGACGCCGUAGUUAAGCAUGUGCUGGAGGGACACGACCGUGGCGUAAAUUGGGCAAGUUUCCAUCCCACGCUGCCACUCAUUGUGUCAGGCGCUGAUGAUCGUCUUGUCAAGUUGUGGCGAAUGAACGAAUAUAAAGCCUGGGAAGUUGAUACUUGCCGCGGUCACUACAACAAUGUCUCUUGCGUGUUAUUCCAUCCUAGACAAGACUUGAUACUUUCAAACGGAGAAGAUCGCAGCAUUCGUGUUUGGGAUAUGACGAAACGCCAAUGCUUGUAUACUUUCCGACGUGACGGUGAACGUUUUUGGAUACUUACUGCGCAUCCCACAUUAAAUUUGUUUGCUGCGGGACAUGAUGGCGGUAUGAUUGUUUUUAAGUUGGAGCGUGAACGUCCAGCCUACGCCGUUCAUGGUAACUUACUUUAUUAUGUAAAGGAUCGCUUCCUGCGUAAACUCGACUUCACAACCACUAAAGACACUGUUGUCAUGCAACUACGUGGAGGUGGCAAAUCGCCAGUUCACAGUAUGUCUUAUAACCCAGCAUUGAACGCCGUGCUCAUUUGCACACGCACUAACAAUCUUGAAAAUAGCACCUACGAUUUAUAUCAGAUACCUAAAGAUUCUGAAUCUCAAAAUGAGACUGAGUCGAAACGUUCAUCUGGUAUCACCGCCAUCUGGGUAGCGCGCAACCGUUUCGCCGUGCUCGAUCGUAAUCAACAAUUAGUAAUUAAGAACUUCAAAAAUGAAGUCACCAAAAAAAUUCCAACAUUCUGCGAAGAGAUAUUUUAUGCUGGAACCGGUAUGUUGUUGAUACGCGACCCAGAAUAUGUGACACUCUAUGAGGUACAGCGUUUGGUAUCCGUUGGCUGCAUUAAAUUGGCUAAGUGCCGUUAUGUUGUUUGGUCUGCUGACAUGUCAUUGGUCGCGUUGCUCUGCAAACACUCGGUGACUAUCUGUGACCGUCGUUUACAAUAUUUGUGCACAAUUCAGGAGAAUUGCCGCGUGAAGUCUGGCGCUUGGGAUGAUUCCGGUGUAUUUAUAUAUACUACCAGUAAUCACAUCAAAUACGCUAUUACCAACGGUGAUCAUGGUAUUAUACGUACACUUGACUUGCCCAUUUAUUUGACACGUGUUAAAGGCAAUCAAGUGUUUUGUCUGGAUCGUGAGUGCCGCACACGCGUGCUGCACAUUGACUCGACGGAAUACAAAUUCAAGUUGGCGCUCAUCAAUCGUAAAUACGAUGAAGUAUUACAUAUGGUACGAAAUGCACGGCUGGUGGGUCAGAGUAUCAUCGCCUAUCUGCAACAAAAGGGUUAUCCCGAAGUAGCGCUGCACUUCGUUAAAGAUGAGAAGACACGUUUCGGGUUGGCUUUGGAGUGUGGUAAUAUUGAAAUCGCUUUGGAAGCUGCCAAAGCACUCGACGACAAAGACUGCUGGGAUCGUCUAGGACAAGCUGCAUUGCUGCAGGGAAAUCAUCAAGUGGUCGAAAUGUGCUACCAACGCACAAAGAACUUCGAUAAGCUCAGCUUCCUCUACCUAAUCACCGGUAACCUGGAGAAGCUUAAGAAAAUGAAUAAAAUCGCCGAAAUCCGCAAAGAUGUGUCAGCUCAAUACCAGGGUGCUCUACUUUUGGGCGAUGUCAAGGAACGCGUAAGCAUACUUAAAAACUGUGGACAGCUAUCGUUGGCUUACCUCACCGCAGCAACUCAUGGUUUGCAAGAACAAGCGGAGCAGUUGGAGAACGUCAUCACACAGGAAGGCAACGAGUUGCCUGUUGUCAAUCCAAAUGCAACAUUAUUACAGCCACCAGUCCCUAUACAACAAGUAGAAAGCAACUGGCCGUUGUUGACCGUAUCGAAGGGCUUCUUUGAGGGUGCCAUGAUAACGCGUGCUGGUACCAGCGCCACAGCGCGACAAGCGCUGAACGCCAAUGCCGAUGCAGCUGUGCUGGAUGAUGUCGGUGCCGGUGAUGGCUGGGGCGCUGACGCUGAUUUGGGUCUCGGCGACGAUGGAGAUGAUGAAAUGCACGAUGCUUUAGAUGAACCUGGCGCUGAGGGCGUAGGUGAAGAGGGCGCCGGCUGGGAUGUUGGCGAUGAUGAUUUGGUCGUGCCCGAAGAACUCGCAUCGAAAAUUAAAGCCUCUGCUUUGGAUAAUGGUUUCUACGCUGCACCAAAUAAAGGACUUUCUGCCGCACAACAUUGGGCCAACCAUUCACCGCUUGUAUUGGACCAUGUGAAGUCUGGUUCCUUUGAAUCGGCAUUCCGCUUAUUCAACGACCAAUUGGGUGUUAUUAACUUCAAGCCAUUCAAAACACUAUUCCUGCAGAAUUACACAUGUGCGCGCACCAGCUUCACAGCUAUGCCAAAUUUGCAAUCAUUAACCGCUUACCCGCUGCGUAACAGCGGUGAAACCAAUCCAAAGAAUCAGCGUCCGGCUUUGGGUAUAAAAUUAAAUGAUUUGGUGCAACGCCUGCAGGCCGGUUACCAAUUAACUACAGGCGGCAAAUUUACUGAAGCGAUCGAGAAAUUCCAUUCCAUACUAUUGCACAUACCACUGUUGGUGGUGGAAACGAAGCAAGACAUUGCUGAAACUCAACAAUUGCUGAAAAUAUGCUCCGAGUACAUACUCGGCUUAAAGAUGGAGACCGAACGUAAGGGUAUGCCAAAAUCGACAUUAGAGGAGCAGAAACGGCUCUGCGAAAUGGCUGCUUACUUCACACACUGCAAACUGCAGCCGGUCCACCAGAUUCUUACGUUGCGCACCGCAUUAAAUAUGUUCUUCAAACUCAAGAACUAUAAGACCGCGGCAUCUUUCGCACGACGCCUCCUUGAGUUGGGACCGCGUCCAGAGGUGGCGCAACAAGUGCGUAAAAUAUUGCAGGCUUGUGAGGUCAAUCCCGUCGAUGAGCACCAAUUGCAUUAUGAAGAAUUCAAUCCAUUUAAUAUCUGUGGCAUAAGCUAUAAGCCACUGUAUCGUGGCAAGCCAGAAGUGACGUGUCCAUUCUGUAGCGCUUCCUUCGAUCCACAAUACAAGGGCAAUCUUUGCACCGUCUGUGAAGUGAGUGAAAUCGGUAAAGAUACUAUUGGUCUGCGCAUUUCGAAUUUGCAAUUUCGUUAAAUGUUGUUAGCAAAAGCGAGUUACAUGGCGUUAUUUGUCGAUAGGUUGCCUCUAAGCGAGAUGUCAGUUGCAGGCAAUCAAUUCAAUAAUUUUAGUUGAUAAUUUUACACAAACCUUAGAGUUACGUACGAAUAUGUGUUUGUCGAUUAUAUUAUAUUAUACAUAUAUAUAUAUAUAUAUCUCAUGUUAUCCCAAACAUGUCAUUAAAAUGGAAUUAACCAUAAAAAAAUGUUUCAAUAAAAUCAAAUUACGAUUAUAUAAAUAUA